CAGCUGUUCGAGGUAGCAAGCCGGGCGCAGUAGGUGGUACGCUUCUAAGCAUGAUGCAUCGUCGACCGUGAGGAGAUGAGUGAUUACUUCCUUGCUCUCUUUGCGUCUGUUUCAUACCUAUGUCUGUUCGAUUGCUGCUGGCAUACAUCUGAGCAACGUUCAACGAACCGAGUCUGGUCAGAGCAGCCUAUCGGCCACCACCAUAGAAGAUGACCGUCCGAAGCGGCGUCGCCUUGGCGAUGUUAUGCGCUUCAGUGGUUCAAGCCCACAAUUGCUACUGGAGAACGAACGGGACUGUUGUUGCAGAGAACAGCGGGUGGUAUGCUUGCGGUACAGGUACGAGAACCGGUGAUGGCACCGAACAGCUAUGCUGCCUUGUCGGGUCCUACUGCGGUCAAGACUCCAUCUGUCACUUUGAGGACCAGCAGGAAGGCGGUAGCGGGUGGUAUGUUGGCGGAUGCACCGAUGCGAAUUACGGCGACCCGGUCUGUCGAAGUGACUGCACCAUGCUUGGGAAUACCUGGAUCCAAUGGAACUCGACUAAAGUCGAAUGGCAAUGCUGCGGUAACGGUGCGUGCAACGGCUCGCCAACGAACCAAUUCUUCAGCGCAGUUUCACCAUCAGCGUGGACAUCCAUAGCAGUCUCUUCGGACGACGAUGGCGACAGUGACGGCAACGGCGGCCUCAGCGUCGGCGCUGAGGCGGGCAUUGGUGUCGCAGCUGGCGUCGUCGCUCUGUGUCUCAUUGGCGGUGUGGUCUUCUGCCUUAUUCGACGUAAACGGAGACCCGCCCAUGAUAAUCGUGACAGAACCUGGCACCCGGAAGAGCAGCAGCAGUUGCAACACCAGCGCACGUUUUCACCAGUCACUCCAUACUCGACCUACUCCGAUCAUCGUAUAGCCUACCUGAGUAUGCGAUCCAAGCGCAGUACCCACAGGAGCUGCCAGCGCCAAAGGCACAUCCGUACCCGCAGGAGCUGGGCAACGUGCAAAGCACGCGGCAGGAGCUUCCUGUCCACCCUACGGAAAAGUAGUGGGUCUUACUAUAUCAUGUAAGCUACAUGCUAGGCGGGGUGCAUACAGAGCACUAGAUCUGGGACGACUUGAGCGAAGAGGUUGAGAUUCAUUUGGCUUGCAUUGAGCUACCAACAAUUGCUGCGGCGCCACGAG